GCUGCCCCUACCCGGCCGGCCGAGCCAUGACAGACGCCAGCAACAGGAAGGAGGGUUUCAAAAAAUGCCGGAGCGCCACUUUCAGCAUCGAUGGCUACAGCUUCACCAUCGUUGCAAAUGAAGCUGGAGACAAGAAUGCCAGACCACUUGCCCGCUUCUCCCGGUCUAAGUCACAGAACUGCCUGUGGAACUCCCUCAUUGACGGGCUCACCGGGAAUGUCAAGGAGAAGCCACGGCCAACGAUUGUCCAUGACCCCCGACCGCCGGAGGAAAUCCUAGCAGAUGAAUUGCCACAGCUGGAUAGCCCGGAAGCCUUGGUGAAGACAUCCUUCAGGUUACGGUCUUUGGUGAAACAAUUAGAGAGAGGGGAGGCUUCAGUGGUAGAUCUUAAGAAGAAUUUGGAAUAUGCUGCCACAGUGCUUGAAUCUGUAUACAUUGAUGAAACCAGGCGACUCCUGGAUACGGAGGAUGAGCUCAGUGACAUUCAGUCAGAUGCAGUGCCUUCUGAGGUCCGAGACUGGCUGGCCUCCACCUUUACGCGGCAGAUGGGGAUGAUGCUCCGCAGGAGCGAGGAGAAGCCCAGGUUCAAGAGCAUCGUCCAUGCAGUGCAGGCUGGGAUAUUUGUGGAGAGAAUGUAUAGACGGACAUCAAACAUGGUUGGACUGAGCUACCCACCAGCCGUUAUUGAAGCAUUAAAGGAUGUGGACAAGUGGUCGUUUGAUGUCUUUUCCCUCAAUGAGGCAAGUGGGGAUCAUGCACUGAAGUUUAUUUUCUAUGAAUUACUCACACGUUAUGAUCUGAUCAGCCGUUUCAAGAUCCCCAUUUCCGCGCUUGUCUCGUUUGUGGAGGCCCUGGAAGUGGGCUACAGCAAACAUAAAAAUCCUUACCAUAAUUUAAUGCAUGCCGCCGACGUCACGCAGACUGUGCAUUACCUCCUCUAUAAGACGGGAGUAGCGAACUGGCUGACGGAGCUGGAGAUCUUUGCUAUAAUCUUCUCAGCUGCCAUCCACGACUAUGAGCAUACUGGAACUACCAACAAUUUCCACAUUCAGACUCGGUCUGAUUCGGCUAUUCUGUACAACGACAGAUCUGUGCUGGAAAAUCACCACUUGAGCGCAGCCUAUCGUCUCCUGCAAGAGGAUGAGGAAAUGAAUAUUUUGAUCAACCUCUCAAAGGAUGACUGGAGGGAGUUUCGAACCUUGGUAAUUGAGAUGGUGAUGGCCACAGAUAUGUCUUGUCAUUUUCAACAAAUCAAAGCCAUGAAGACCGCUCUGCAGCAGCCAGAAGCAAUUGAAAAGCCAAAAGCCUUAUCCCUCAUGCUGCAUACGGCAGAUAUUAGCCAUCCUGCAAAAGCGUGGGACCUCCAUCAUCGCUGGACAAUGUCGCUCCUGGAGGAGUUCUUCAGACAGGGCGACAGAGAAGCGGAGCUGGGGCUGCCUUUUUCUCCUCUGUGUGACCGCAAGUCGACUAUGGUUGCUCAGUCACAAGUAGGUUUUAUUGAUUUCAUUGUGGAACCUACCUUCACUGUGCUCACGGACAUGACCGAAAAGAUCGUCAGUCCGUUAAUCGAUGAAACCUCCCAAACUGGCACCACAGGACAGAGGCGUUCAAGCUUGAACAGCAUCAGCUCAGCAGAUGCAAAGCGCUCAGGUGUCAAGAGCUCUGGGUCAGAGGGAAGUGCCCCAAUCAACAAUUCCGUCAUCCCAGUUGACUACAAGAGCUUUAAAGCCACAUGGACGGAGGUGGUGCACGUCAAUCGGGAGAGAUGGAGGGCCAAGGUGCCCAAAGAGGAGAAGGCCAAGAAGGAAGCAGAGGAAAAGGCUCGCCUGGCCGCGGAGGAACAGCAAAAGGAAAUGGAAGCCAAAAGCCAGGCUGAGGAAGGCACAUCUGGCAAGGCUGAGAAAAAGACAUCUGGAGAAGCUAAGAAUCAAGUCAAUGGAACGCGCACAAACAAAAGUGACAACCCUCGUGGGAAAAAUUCCAAAGCUGAGAAGUCGUCAGGAGAAAAGCAACAGAAUGGUGACUUGAAAGACGGUAAAAAUAAGACAGACAAGAAGGAUCACUCGAACGUCGGAAAUGAUUCAAAGAAAACAGAUGGCACAAAGCGACGUUCUCAUGGCUCACCUGCCCCAAGCGCUAGCUCCACGAGUCGCCUUACCUUACCAGAUUCCCCAGGGCGCCUCGGUCAGAUCACUUUCCUGAAGUGACCCCCAAAUGGAAAGGAGACUACGGAUAAAACGUCCAUCCAGAGGAUUCCUCAGAAGAAACCUGACCAGCUCUGAGGUCUGAAGACGUUUUAGGAAGCUUAUGUUUCUUUUACCAAAACAAGAUAUUAUACGUAUUGUACGUCGAGUCAUUAAUUUCAAAAAUGAUGAUUUCUGAUACCCUAAUACAGGUUUUUAACAACAGAUAUUUUGAUAUGUAUUGCACACCUCCACAUAUCAGGCAUCCUGCUAGGCUCUUAAAAUGCAUUAUUUCUUUGAAUCCUCACAACAACCCUCUAAGGAAGGAACUAUUAUCUCCAUUUCAAAGAUUAGGAAACUGAGGCACAAACAGAUUAAACAGCUUGCCCAAAGUUAGCAGGUUGCAAGCUGGUGGUCUUUUCUCUGAGAUUCAUUUCAGGGGGUAAAGACUGAAGCUAAAUACUCCACACUGUGACCACUUUUCUCUCCCGCUUGUAUUCUACCUGGGGAUUAGAUCAAUUCCCCACAUAGCAAUUUCAAGCAUGUUGUUGGGGUGUGGGGGACCCUGCACUAUCUUUUAAGUGAAGACUUGAAUAUGUGUUCUCUUUGCAACUGUCUUCUAUCUUGAGUUCAGUUUGAAGGAUGACAGUUGUCCCUUACUAUUGACGGAUCAAGGCUUUUUGUUACGCCUUGAUUUAGCACUUCAGAGCCUUAUAAUCCUGAAGAAAUUUAUCCUUCCAGGCUUCUUCUGAAAUUGGUCCCUGUUAGUGUGAACAGAGGACACAGAGCUACUGAUUAGCCUUAUGUUUCCAAUCUUCACAAGCACGUGUGGAAAAAUGCACAUGUCAAUGAGAAAAAUCAAGCAAAAGACUGAGCCUGUGUAAUCUGCAGAAUGCAUUCCUCCAGUUGAAGCAUGAAUAUGCACUGUGCGUGUGCCAGGGCAAACAAGAUGAACACAAAGAACUAAAUUAAAGAUGGUCAUCUCCUUGAGGGAGGUCUUUUUUAUUCUAUUUUUAUAUCCUCAGCAUUAAAUCAUGAGGUCACAGAGCACUUGAUAAGCAGCCAUUGUUUGAAUAAGAAAAGAGCUGAUUUUCUAGCCUCAGUCAAUGAUUCCUUCCCUUUCACUACUUGUUAAGGGAAGGAGGGCUUCAAACCAUGCCUCAGUGCCUCCUCAUCGUGUUGUGAGGCCUGCAGAAAGGAGCUGAGAUUUUAGUAUUUGUUUAGCGAACAAAGGUUUGCUCCGGACUCAAACUUGAAACUCAGAGGAGAGGAACCUGCUGACAGUCUUCUUAAGCAAACCUGAGCAGCAAAUCUAGGUAUCAGGGCUGAGGCUAGGGAGAAAUAUUAACCUCUGUAGAGCCCAGGCGGCUCUGCCAGCUGGUGUAUAUUCUAAGUGAUUCAUUUCUUCUUUAGUAAAUGGGAGAUGUAUGAAGGUUGCUGAGUGUUAGGUAGUUUAUUCGCUCAUUAAUUAUUUCUUAGCACCAACUGUUAUCUGUAGAUUAAGUUCUGGAUAUGCAAGUGUGCACACACUCUGUCCCUGUCCCCGGAAGGUGAAAGGCAGGACUGAAUUAGCUACAGCAGAAAGCACAAAGAAGUAUCUCAAAGUCCAGGGAAUCAGUGGCUCAGGAAUGGCGUUCAGGGAAAGUGACUCAGAUAAUAAUUAUGGCUCAGCAUAGUGAAUGCAAAGAGUCUUAAGAAUCAGAAGUGCCCUUGACAUUUUCCUAAUUACAUCAAGAUUAGAAGUCAGGGACCGGAACUCCUUCCACCCCGGUUGGUUGUCUACGCCACGCUUCCUGUUGUGAAUCCCAGCACUCUUUAUGCUGUGGUUAGGCGUUAUGCGAAUUGACUGAACAAACCCCCAUAUUUGUACAUUGCAUAAGCAGUUUAGAAUCUGGGCUAGGUUUUUCUGAUUUGCAUAGAAAGGUGCUUGGUUUCAGCAAAGGAGUUCUGUCAGGCACCUGAAUGGAAAUAUAUAUAUAUAUUUUUUUCACAAAUGUACAUUUUGGAUAAUUGGCCAUUUGUGAAUCAACAUGGUGUGUUCUCUGCC